AUGAGAUUACGUCCAGGAUUAGCCAAUGUUGAUGAACUCCGAGAAUUUGCGGAUUGGAUUCUAAAAUUUGGGGAUGGAAAGCUAGAAGGACCUAACGAUGGAAAGGCUGUAAUUGAUAUACUUGAAGACCUCUUAAUAAGUGAUGCAUCUGAUCCAAUGGCUGCAAUUGUUGAUUGUAAAUAUCUUGGAAUUCGUGAAGGUUCAAUUGAUACUUCAUACUUUCAUGAAAGGGCGAUUUUAGCACCAACAAAUGAGAUUGUUGAUAAUGUCAAUGAACAUGUAUUGUCUCUUUUUCCCGGAGAAGAGAGGACGUACUUAAGUUUAGAUUCAAUAAGCAGAGCUGACGGUAACUAUGAUACCAACAAUGAUGCAUUUUCUAUUGAAUUUCUCAAGUCAAUACACGCUUCAGGCGAUCGCGUUAUACAAGCAACUGUUAUAUUUGGAUCUAACAUUGGCUAUAGGGUUUUUAUUACAAGGAUUACACUCACACUGUUAGAUAUCUCGAAAAUCCCAAUUGCUCUUCAAAGAAGGCAAUAUCCUUCAUGGACAAUUUUACGUUCAGUUUCUAGAGUGACUAGCAGAAAAGGUCUUAAAAUCAUCAUAUGUGAUAAGGAUGGUAAAGUGUGUAGUCACACUGAUAAUGUUGUAUAUAAGGAGGUGCUUCAAACCCUCUAG